GACAGCUACAAAGUUCAGAUCUGCAAGUUCCGAACCAUUUUGAACACAAAACAAGAAUUUUUCCGAGUCUUUUGGAGAAAUUUUGAAGGUUUAUACAUUCAACUGUGUAACCCUGUGUAUCCCAAUGGCGAUGGCCAGUGUUAAAUCCCUUGCUGAUACACCCAACUUAGCCUCAGUUCCUUCAUCUUUCAUGUUCGCCACCGACGACGACUCCGACAGUGUCACUGCAGUAUCGCAAGGUGCAGAAGAUUCGAUUCCCAUCAUUGAUACGUCUCUCCUCAUCGACGGUACUCCGCAUCAACGAGCCAAAGUCAUAAAUGAGCUCGGUAAGGCCUGUGAGGAUUGGGGCUUCUUCAUGGUGGUGAAUCAUGGAGUGGGGGAGAGGUUGAUGAGGGAGAUGGUGGAAAUUUGCAAAGAAUUUUUUGAUCUAAAGGAGGAAGAGAAGAGAGAGUAUGAAACAAAGAGUGUGCUUGACCCCAUUAGAUAUGGCACCAGCUUCAAUCCUAAGGUGGAGAAGGUCUUCUUUUGGAGAGAUUAUUUGAAAAUCAUGGUUCAUCCCAACUUUCACUCCCCAACUAAACCUACAAGAUUCAGAGAGAUCUUGGAAGAGUAUUGCAAAAGAAUUAGAGAAAUGACAAGAGAAUUGGUGAGAGGAAUCUCAGAGAGCUUGGGAUUGGAAGAAUGUUGUUUGGAUAAAGCAGCAAAUCUUGAGUCAUGUUCAAUAGUAUUUGCAGCAAAUUUGUAUCCACCAUGUCCACAGCCAGAGCUUGCAAGGGGUUUGCCAUCUCAUUCUGAUCAUUGCCUUCUCACUAUUCUUCUUCAAAACCAAAUUGCUGGCCUUCAAAUUUUACAUCAUGAUAAGUGGCUGAAUGUCAAUCCCAUUCCCAACUCAUUACUUGUUAAUGUUGCUGAUCAACUUGAGAUCUUGAGCAAUGGGAAGUACAAGAGCGUUUUGCACAGAGCAAUUGUGAAUGAUAAGGCCACAAGGAUUUCAAUAGCCAUGGCAGUUGGGCCAUCACUUGAAACAGUGGUUGGUCCUGCACCUCAGUUGAUAAAUAAACACACCAAUAAUCCUCCUUUGUUUAAGAACAUCAAAUACAUAGAUUAUAUGGGAAUUGUGCAAAGUAACAAACUCCAAGGGAAAUCUACCUUGGAUCGUAUUCGUUUGCACAUUUGAACCCUUUUGAAUUAUUGUAAUCUACCAUGGGAUUGUAAAUACAACCUUUAAUUGUGUGUGGUUUGAAAUUCCAUUUUAUAAAAAGUGUUGAUGUCAAAAUCUGAACAA